CAAUUCAGGUCUUGCUUUAUUAGACGAACAAAAAGCAACAUUGGCAUCACUGAGAGUCCCGAGGCAAAAACCUCUUCUGACCAAAGAAGAAAACCAGAAACACCUGGCUCAUAGUUGCAAAGAAAAGUCCUAGAGUCAUUUGGAAAAUGUUUGUUGUCACAUCUGCUGUAAAAUUAACACCAUGUCAGACAAACAUACCAACAAGCAUGGUGGUGACCGUGUGAUGGUCUGGGGCUGCUUUGCUACAUGACCUGGACUACUUUCUGUAAUUGAUAGAACUAUGAAUCUUGUGCUGGAGCAUAAACCCCCAAAGUAGAAUGUUUGACCUUAAAGAGGCGGCCGCUCUGGAAAAUUCUCAAAAGUGGCUGAAUUAAAACAAUUCUGCAAAGAAGAGCGAUGUGAGACCUGUUAAUUAUCUUUGAUAGAAUGUGUUCCUUCUAACAACAUCCCGAUGUAAGGUUUCACUCUGGGCAUCAAGUAGUUUUUGUUCAUUUAGUGAGGGAAAUCAUCCAAAGUGUCUUUUGUGUUUCCUCUGGUCAGCUUUCAGUUGUUGACCGUUUGUGUGUGUGACACCAAGCUGUCCAGUAGGUGGUGCUGUUGCUGCAGUUGCGAUGACAGGAUGCAUGAACCACAAACCGCAAUCUUCACUCCGCCUCCUAGAACAAUAAGAGAUAUCUUUGCGAAUUCCGAGGAAGUGUCUCUCAUCAGAAGUCGUCCAGGAUAGAGGAUUAGUAAUAGAGACAGCUACAGCUGAACGGAAGCUGGAAACGAGAUGAAAAUCCAGUUUGAAACCAUCUGACAGCUGUCGGAAUUUUAGUUUUCAUCUCACAUCCGGCUGCUUUUAAGAAAAUAAUAUUUCCAGAGAGCGGCAGAACAUCCAGAAAUCCCUGCAGCUCACAAGAUGAAUUGGGCUGCUGGUGUUCAGUGUGUGGCCAAGUGUGACAACAGGAAACCAAAACCAGGGGAGCUGUUGUACCACAAGGGAGACGUUCUGACUAUUGUUGAUGCAAGCAUGAGGAAAUGUUUUUACACAGCCAGACACAACACGACCGGAGCGGAGGGAUUAAUAAACUCCAGUAAUUUACGGGAAAGAGAGGCACUCCGAGUGGACCCCAGCCUUAGCCUCAUGCCCUGGUUUCAUGGAAAAAUCUCCGGCCCAGAGGCGGUGAGUAAGCUGCAGCCGGCUGAGGACGGCCUGUUCCUGGUGCGGGAGAGCAUCCGCCACCCGGGGGACUACGUCCUGUGUGUGAGCUUCUCCGGAGAGGUCAUCCAUUACCGAGUGAUUUAUCAGAACAACAAGCUGACCAUUAACCUCAAACAGUAUUUCUACAACCUCAUCGAUAUGAUAGAAUUCUACUCAAGGUGCAAAGAAUCCAUCGUUACAACUCUUACGAAACCCAAAAAGAAACAAGGAACCAAAUCAGCUGAGUUGGAAUUGUCUAAAACAGGGUGGCUGCUGGACAUCACAAAGCUCACUCUGGGGGAACAGAUUGGAGAAGGAGAGUUUGGUGCUGUUUAUCGAGGAGAGUACAUGGGCCAGAAGGUGGCAGUGAAGAUCAUUAAAUGCGAUGUGACGGCCCAGUCCUUCUUGCAGGAGACCACAGUUAUGACGAAGCUGCAACAUAAAAACUUGGUGCGAUUGUUGGGCGUCAUCCUACACAAAGGGCUCCACAUCAUCACAGAGCUGAUGACCAAGGGAAACCUGGGUAAUUUUCUCAGAACUAGGGGGCGUUCAGUUAUAAACUCUGUUCAGCUGCUUCACUUUGCUCUGAACGUGUGUGAGGGGAUGGAGUACUUGGAGUCAAAGAAGCUGGUCCACAGAGACCUGGCAGCCCGUAAUGUCCUGGUUUCUGACGACAGCGUAGCCAAAGUCAGCGACUUCGGUCUCACCAAAGUAGACUCCAAGGAGCCGGACAAAGCCAAGCUGCCGGUUAAAUGGACCGCCCCAGAGUCACUAAAGAAAGAGAAAUUCUCCACAAAGUCUGACGUGUGGAGCUAUGGCAUUCUUCUGUGGGAGAUCUUCACCUACGGUCGCCAGCCGUACCCUAAGAUGUCUCUGAAGGAGGUGAAGGAGAAAGUCGAAGAAGGUUAUCGUAUGGAGUCGCCAGAGUCCUGUCCUCCUAAUGUUUACUCCCUGAUGAGACUCUGCUGGGAGCAGGACCCUCGCAGAAGACCAGGAUUCUCCAAACUGAGGGAGAAACUUGAACAGGAAAUGAGUUGACUGAGCCAAGCGACAGAGCGCCCAGAAGGAUUCAGGUCCGAAGCUAGAAGCUGAACCUGAAAGUUUAUGUUUAAGCACAUUUGCACACAAGCUCACACAAUGAACUUGAUGAAAAUUCUUAACAGGUGUUUUUGCAAAUACCUAAAGUGUCUUAAUUUUAAUUUUCAACAGUGGACAACUACUUGAAGGAACCUUAUGUCAAGAAAUCCAAACACUGGAGGAGAUCUUAGUGACACUAGACCAUAAAAGCUUGUGCUUCUGUGCAAAGAGUCUUUCAUAAAACUUAAACGACAACAAAACCUCUCAGAAGAACUGAUUUAUCUAAGAUGAAGUGAGUUCAAGGCACUGAUAGGGACUAAAAACGUUUACGAGAAACAAAAAGAACACAAAUCUGAAAAUCUGCUGGAAUAGACACGGGAUCAGAAAGCUAAAGAACAAAUAUAACCAAACACUUUAAAAGCUUUUAAGGAACUUGCUUGUCUGUAAACUUUUCUUUUGUGCAACAUCUCCAUCUUUGAAACAGAUGGAUUAUGGGGCUUUAAAGGUGGAGACUCAGUCUGAAGGAGAGAAAAAGUCUCGAAUGAACAAAAACUUUUGACCUACGCUUGGAUUCAUUUGUUUCUUCUCAAUAUUUCACCAUGGAACCCCAAUCCGAUCAAAACCCUGGUGCAAGGACCCGAAGAUGGACGCAACUUUAUGUCUUCAGAGGAGUUCAGAACUGAAUGGGUCAGAACCUGUUUGGGAUGAAAGCAACACAAUAAGUAACAAAAUACUGUUAAAUAUA